AGGGGCGAGCGGCCUAGGCUCGGCCCGGCCCCGCCCGGCCGGCGCCCCUCCGUGUCCCGGGUCCUCUCCGCUCUCCCCGUGUCCAUCAGAACCCCCCGGUGCCCCUCAACCUUCGCCCCCUCCCCCCCCCCCCCCCAGUGCCGCCCCCCACCUCGUUCCCCUCAGCCCCCCGGUGAUCCCCUCCCGGGUUCCUUUCAGCGCCCCGGUACUGCUCUGCUCCCCGUCCCCUCAGCUUCCCCGGUUCCCCCGCAGUCCCCCGUGCCCCCCCGCAGCCGCCAUGAGCGAGCUGAAGGAUUGUCCGCUGCAGUUCCACGACUUCAAGUCGGUGGACCAUGUGAAGGUGUGCCCUCGGUACACGGCCGUGCUGGCCCGCUCGGAGGACGAUGGUAUCGGCAUCGAGGAGCUGGACACACUGCAGCUGGAGCUGGAGACGCUGCUCUCCUCUGCCAGCCGCCGCCUCCGUGUCCUGGAGGCCGAGACCCAGAUUCUGACGGACUGGCAGGACAAGAAGGGUGACCGGCGUUUUCUGAAGCUGAGCAGGGAACACGAUGUGGGCACCUCUGUCAAGCACGGGAAGCCCAAGAAGCAGAAGCUGGAGGGCAAAGGGGGCCACGGGACCGGGCCUGGCCCCGGCCGGCCCAAGUCCAAGAACCUGCAGCCCAAGAUCCAGGAAUACGAGUUCCAGGAUGAUCCCAUUGAUGUGCCCCGCAUUCCCAAAAACGAUGCUCCGAACAGGUUCUGGGCAUCGGUGGAGCCGUACUGUGCCGAUCUCACCAACGAGGAGGUCAGAGUCCUGGAGGAGCUUCUCAAGCCGCCUGAGGAUGAGGCUGAGCAUUACAAGAUCCCGCCCCUGGGGAAGCAUUACUCCCAGCGCUGGGCCCAGGAGGACCUGCUAGAGGAGCAGAAGGACGGAGCCCGGGCAGCAGCUGCUGCUGACAAGAAAAAAGGCGUCCUGGGGCCACUGACCGAGCUGGACACCAAAGAUGUUGAUGCCCUGCUGAAGAAGUCGGAGGCCCAGCAUGAGCAGCCGGAGGAUGGGUGUCCCUUUGGGCCCCUGACACAGCGUCUCCUGCAGGCCCUCGUGGAGGAGAACAUCAUCUCCCCUGUCGAGGACUCCCCCAUCCCCGAGAUCGCCGGCAAAGACUCGGGAGCUGACGGCGCUGGUACAUCUCCCCGCAGCCAGAACAAGCCCUUCAGUGUCCCCCACACCAAGUCGUUGGAGGGGCGGAUCAAGGAGGAGCUGGUGGCCCAGGGCCUGCUGGAGUCAGAGGACCGGCCGGCUGAGGACUCGGAGGAUGAGGUGCUGGCCGAGCUGCGCAAGCGUCAGGCUGAGCUGAAGGCCCUCAGUGCACACAACCGCGCCAAGAAGCAUGAGCUGCUGAGGCUGGCCAAGGAGGAGCUGCACCGGCAGGAGCUGCGGCAGCGUGUCCGUAUGGCCGACAACGAGGUGAUGGAUGCCUUCCGCAAGAUCAUGGCCGCCCGGCAGAAGAAGCGCACGCCCACCAAGAAGGAGAAGGACCAGGCCUGGAAGACGCUGAAGGAGCGGGAGAGCAUCCUCAAGCUGCUGGAUGGGUAGCAGGGGCCAAGGACCGCCCCCUCAGCCCUGGACCUGGGCACCCAGGCAUGGCAGCCGUGCCCCUGUCACCCUCAGGGUGCUGCUGUGCCUGUGCCCUGCCCGCACUCGCUCUGCCAGCAUGGGACAGGGGGGAGCACAGCCCCCCAGGCCUGCUUGGCCUCCCCACCUGGGUGAUGCCCCAGCUGCCGUCCCCUUGCUGUCUCCUUGCUGUCCCCUGCCUGCACGGGGCUGAUGCCCACCCAGGCUGGGAACCCCACAGUGGGAAUGGUCCCCCCACUGCUCCCUGUUAUUUGGAGGGUGACAUCAGCUUGGCUGCUGUGGGGGACAGACGUGGCUGCUGUGGUAUGGGUGUGGCUCUCACAGUCCCCUGUCCACUCCCACGGCCCUGGGGAGGGAUCCUGGCUCCCACGGGGUGGGGCGUGGGGAGGGGAAGAGGCUGGGUGGGGUGUGGAUGUGACCAGACUCCCCAUGUACCGGUUGG